AUGUUUGACAAUAUAUUGCGCUGCUGUAAAGUUUCCUGUAUUUCCUUAGCCCUUAAAAUAAACCGAGGACGCGCUGAAUGCUGGGACUCUGCGGGAACGGGCAGCUUGAACAACGCCAUCUUUAAACCCCACAAGAGGCCAGCUACAGUUUGUGCACCGGGAUGAAAAACACCGUCCCUACCGCGGGAUAUAAGUUCACAUCGUGGAGGUGGUUUAAUUGUCCCCCGGUCAAGUCACCGACGAGGAGCUGUCCGGUGGGACUGUGAGGAGACGGUCACGGGACACGGCGAGAGCCUUAAAGUGUUGUUAUCGGGAGGCAGACAACAACAAUAGACGGAAAGACAACAACAACGGACUAGCUCGCUAACUCGCUAAGCUAGCUGGAAGCUAAGCUAUCGUUAGCCACUUCUUCUUCUUCAUCAGCAGCAGCAGCAGCAGCGGAGACAUUUACAGCUGGGCAUCCAGCUACAUCCACCGGAGCAGUCCGUCAUCUCUUUGCCACUUUUUUUUAUACAUAUAUAAAGCUAUCCUGAACUGAAAAAAAUUCUUGCGUCGUUGCUGCUUUGGCUAGCCAGAAGCUAAAGUCCCGACUUCUCCCCCUCCCCAGCGGCCCGGCCGGAGAUGCGUGGAAGAUGUCGGUGUCGGGGCUGAAGGCCGAACUGAAGUUUUUAGAGUCCAUUUUUGAUCCAAACCAUGAACGCUUCAGGAUCAUUGACUGGAAGCCCGACGAGCUGAGCUGUCAGUUUAAUGUGACCGGGGAAAAGCUGUUAAUUAUCCACUGUAACAUCACGGAAUCUUAUCCAUCUACGCCUCCGAUAUGGUUUGUGGACUCUGAUGACCCGAGCCUGGCGCAAGUUUUGGAGAGGUUGGAAGAUGUGAGAAAAGGCAGCACCCUGCUUUUGCAGCAGUUGAAGAAACUUAUUUGUGACCUUUGUCGGCUGUAUAACCUUCCCCAACAUCCAGAUGUGGAGAUGCUGGACCAGCCCCUGCCUGCAGGCCCUGUGGCACAAGACCGAAAGCAUGGGACAGAGGAGGUCACAUCUGAAGAAGAAGAGGAGGAGGAGAUGGGAGAAGACAUAGAAGAUCUAGACCACUAUGAAAUGAAAGAGGAGGAGCCUGUGGAUGGGAAGAAGUCUGAGGAUGAUGGCAUCGAGAAGGAGAAUCUGGCCAUCCUGGAGAAGAUCAGAAAGAACCAGAGACAGGACCACUUGAAUGGAGCUGUGUCUGGUUCAGUGCAAGCCUCUGACCGCCUGAUGAAGGAGCUUAGAGAGAUCUACAGGUCUCAGAGUUACAAGACAGGCAUCUACUCAGUCGAGCUGGUUAAUGACAGCCUGUACGAGUGGCACGUCAAACUAAGGACGGUGGACCCAGAUAGCCCCUUACACAGUGAUCUACAAGUCCUAAAGGAAAAGGAAGGAAUGGAUUACAUUUUACUUAACUUCUCGUAUAAAGAUAAUUUCCCCUUUGAUCCACCAUUUGUCCGAGUGGUUUCGCCUGUGCUUUCUGGAGGUUAUGUUCUUGGAGGAGGUGCCCUGUGCAUGGAACUUCUCACCAAACAGGGAUGGAGCAGUGCCUAUUCCAUUGAGUCUGUCAUCAUGCAGAUCAAUGCCACUUUAGUCAAAGGAAAAGCCAGAGUGCAGUUUGGAGCCAAUAAAAACCAGUACAAUCUUGCCAGAGCACAGCAGUCCUACAAAUCCCUGGUUCAGAUCCAUGAAAAGAACGGCUGGUACACACCCCCAAAGGAGGACGGUUAAAACAGACUUUUGCCUUUCCUGCACUGGGACCACAUGUCUUCAUUUUUUUUUUUUUUUUUUUUUUUUUUUUUUUUCUUUUUUUUUCCCCUCUUGCGACCAAUUAUUUUUUAAAUCCUGCAAACUAUUUUUGUUCUGUACAUGAGAGUUUGAACUCCAAACCAAAUUCUUUAUUUAUCGUCCACAUAGAUACUAGCACAUAAACACACACACACAAACCCCACCCCCACCCCCACUUGAAAUUUACAUCCAAGCUACUCACGAGGGUGUCCUCUCUUCAGAUAUUUAUCUCUCUGUACAUGUGUUGUCUUAUACAAUCUUAAUUUUCCCCAUUGCGACAUUCAUCCCAUACUCCAGGAAAACGGCGGACUAAAUAUCACAUGAAGUCACCCUUUGGUUUUGGCGUUGAGCAUGCCAAGGUUACUUGCUGGCUGCGAGUUGAAAGGUGCGGCAUGGCUUUAUCCAGCAGUCUGAUGCUUGAGUCGCCGGACAUUGCCUCUCUGGCCACAGACUGGAUUUGAGAAUGGCAUGCGACAUUACCUGAUAUGAUGUAGUGGUGGCUGGGAAGGACAUUUAAAAGAUGGUGGUGGGAAGAACCACCGGCUUUUCUCUCCAUGGACGGCCUCUGUAAUAUUGUGCUCAUGUAUUAUCUUUGUAAUGCCAAGAUCCCUCCUCUGGAAUAACAUGCUUCUGAGGCUUGCUUGCUUUCACACCUCUUAUCUUUUAAAGCUUGAAGCCCUGAGGUAGGGAGGAUGAUGAAGAGACUUUUGCAGCCUGAGGCGGGGGCAGCCCAUAAUGAAGAACAGCAUCCUGCUGAGCUCCAAAGUUGAGGACCACUGUCGUCGUCAUCAUCACAACCAGCAACAGGACUCCCCGCAGGAGAGGUUUGGUGUGUGUGGCUAGGCUGGCAACACAAGAAACAUGACCAGGCAAAGCAGGUGGCGUGUUUGGAUUUGAUCGCACUGUAAUGUAGUUGAUUUUAACUCCACGUGUAAACAUGUAAAUUUGUAUUUCUGCAAAAGGAUUUAAUUGUUUAUAAUGUAACCAUGUCUGGGUAUUUGGCUGGGCAGAGACUGUAUUACUAUAUACCCUUGACUAUUAACAGCAGGGGCACUGCAAGACCCGUUUAGACUAAGAAAAAGUUGCUUCAUGGAUACUCUUGCAUAAGGAAACAAAAGUACGCCAUGUUCUUAUGUAAGCUUAAUGACUACUGCGGUUUUGUUCUCUUUUUUUUAUUUUAUUUUUUUUAUAUUGAUUUGUAAUCCUCAUGUUAUUGGCAACAUUGACAGUACCAUUCCCCUUUAUUUGAUGGCACCUCUUAACCACAAUGGCAGUGACAAUAAUGGCAUAGACACAGCUGUUUGCUGGCAUUCCAGAGGUUUGGCUUUUCAUAUCUAAUCACUCCAACCAGAUGAACCUCAGUAAGGCUAUGCAGUGAAGACACAGUCUUGUGGAGCUUUGUUGUACUGAAGAAAAUAAGUCUUAACAGCUUAACCGUGUAGUCACCUGCUUAGUUCUUGUAGCUGGUUCAUAUCCUGAGCACUUUUCCAAUCCUGCAGACGUAACUGUCUGCGGGGGAAAAAAAGUGACCUUUUACCUUUGAACAUUUCCUUGACCUCACGGCUCGUUUUAAACUGCAGCCAGAGUCUCAAAUUCACAGCAAUAGUCUUGAACCAUAUACCUUCUGGCUUCACACCUGGGAAGAUCGACUGGAGUCUGUUCCUUUUCCAGAAUAUUUGUGUAGGUUUGAUAAAUAUUUGUUCAGAUUUGCCACAGGAAUGACCCAGCUCUUCCCAUUACCACCUCUCUGGUUACUAUUCAUAACCACUCUCAGCACAGCUGUACCCCUCAGCGUGCUGGGUCUUUGAUGUAAUGUGAAUAAUAUGCAGAAAACUGUGUGGAGCAUUCCAAUUAAUGCAGUUACACGUUUGUUGUGGGUGUUCUAUUGUGUGGUUACUUGCAUCGUUUUAAGCAUAUUGUCCUGAAAAACCAGCAUAGAAAGCUUAGUUAUGCUAAUUCAUACAGUCAUUCCUCAUUUUUGAGUUGAUUUAAAAAAAAAAGUCUCAGUGAUAUUAAAGUCACAACACCAGUAUCUUCGAAACAGGUAGAGGUGGGUAUAAAAUGUACCUCUUGCUCACGUUCAGCACAUGCCUGACAUUUGUUUAGACUUGCAGGAUGUGAUAACAAGUGUCGCCCUUCCUCCUUGUUUCACCUCAAGCAGAAUCUCAACCUUACUAUGGAUCAUCGGCAUGGUUGUUAGCUGUUGUGAUGCCACCAGUAACGUACUAAUCACUUCAUUCUGGUCACAUUGUCAAGCCCACCCCUGCAUUCUCUGGAGAAGCAAACUCAGGAAUACAUACUGCACACUCAACUUUGCAAAGUAUUGCUUCAGAAUAUUGUCAUGAAAUGCAAGAUUGAAUGUGUCAAUCUUUUUUCGGGGGGGCCGUUCUACCAGUUGGCAACCGAGUGUCUGCUGUCAACUUGCACACACACAGAUUUUCUGAAUGCCGUUGAGGUUGAUAAAUUAUUACUCAGUAAGUUUUUGGAAUGAUCAGAUAGAUGGCGCAGGGAUUCGCUCCCACCCUCACAUUAUCCUGUGCUUGAUGAGGCGUUCAGGACACGUCUGCCCGGUCUCUUUGGUAUUGCUGUAUAUUGCAUGUCAAUAUAUCAAUGGGUGUUUUUCCCCAAGCUACUGAAGGAAAAGAGUAGAAGGGAAGGGUGGUUAAAAAGACUAGAUGUAUCCAUUUUUCAUGAAUUGUUUACUUAACUUUCUACAUCGGCGCACAGGAUAAUCUCUCCCUGUGUGCCACUUAGUGAACCAGGUCAGACACUAUGAGACAUAUGGACUUACAAGACAUCCUACCUGCUUGGAAUACCUUUUUAAAGAUGCCAGGACUCCCAACAAAAGUAGCAGUUCAGAUUUGUGUGCCAUCAGAACAGUCGUAAGCCCACAUCUGUAACCUGACCUUUGGAAAAGCGGUGUACACAAGUCUGUUGUGCAUUGAAUAACAGAUUGUGUUACACCAACUAAUGUCUGACUGACAAAACCUUUUCUGCUUUGGCGAGCAACAUAUUGGGUCUGAGGUCUGAAUUAGCCUGAUUCUGGGUUCUUUACCUUGCUUCAUUAACUGCAGUGGCCGGGUUAUAAAGUUAUGCACUGUUAGCAUGCUUUGGUUUGGUUUCAUUUUUUUUUUUCCAUUGCAAGGGUGAUUUUGACCAUGUAAAAUAAUUUGUAAACUUGCAUCAAGUUUAUGAAUAAAGAAUUUUAUGAAAUA